GGAGUCCGCGUCGUCUGGAGCCGUAAGCGGCCGCCGUGGAGCAGCGCCCGGCCGAUUGGUCCUGAAGCCGGCGCGAUUCCUGCUGCUUCGUUUUCGCCAUGAACAACCACCUCCGCGCCGCUUUAGGGGCGGUCCGCCUCCGGUGGGCUCCUGGUGCCCUCGACAAACCCUCCAGAGUGCCGCCGUGCUGUGCUGCCAGUUGGCGGCAUGUCCAAGGAUCAUUCCCGGCAUCGGGUUGGGUUGCUCCAAGUGGCCAUGGGAUUCAGCGGCGGCCCUAUUCAGCCACUCCCAUCCACAGCGAGGGGGGAACCUUGGUGGAUGAAGAGGAGGACGAGGUGGAUCGGAAGAUCAGGCAAAUGGAGAGGAGGCGGGAGGUCCGCGCCGCGCAGAAGACGUUCAUGGAGUACCUCCAUGUCACGCGCGGCAUGUGCUUCAGCGACGCCGAGCAUAUAAGCAAGCGCUCGCCUGUUUACCUCAGCAAGCUGUUGGAGGAGGUGAAGCAUGCCCUGAAGGAGCCCCCGGAGGGGGGAACCGAGCUGGUCUUCAGGUCCAAGGUGAAGAAGAGGGAUAUGAAGGAUGAAAGGGUCAGCAAGGCCCUGGUGCGGUUAUUUCAAUUCAACCCUGUCAAUGAGUUUGAGCCCUUCUUGGAGAGCAUCGGCCUCGGACCAAGGGAGUGCAGUUCCUACUUGCCUCGGGAUCUCAUGUUUCUCACCGACGACGAGAUGUUGCUCGACAACUUCCGCCAGCUUUGCAAUUACGGCAUUGCACGCAGGAAGAUAGGGAGGAUAUACCGGGAGGCUACGGAGGUGUUCAGUUUUGGCCAUGGUGUGCUUGCAUCUAAACUGAACGCCCUUGAGGAACUCGGGUUCAGUAGGACCAGUGUAAUCAAGCUCGUAAUUGCUUCUCCUGUUGUAUUGGUCCGUGACCUGAAUGUGGAAUUGAAGAUCCUCGAGUGGCUAGACGACAUUGGAAUCCAGCGGGACUGGAUUAGUCAAUUCUUAUCUGCCAGGAAGUCUUAUGAUUGGAGAAAGAUGGUUCGAGUUCCCCGGUUCUUCAUUAACUUGGGAUUUACGAAGGAAGGUGUUGGUAAAUUGGUCAGGCAAAAUCCAGAUUUCAUACUGGAUGGUUCAGGACAGAUGCUAUUUGCAGCGGUUCUCAUGAUGCUAAAAGCGGGAUGUGGAAAAAAGGAGCUGUUUGAUCUUUUUAUGGACUUCCCAGAUGUGUCAGUCGAGGAUUUCACAAGGAACCUACGGAGGGGAAUGCUGGUCUUAGCUGAGGCUGGCGUAAGCGACGAGGAUGUUAACAAGUUUGUUCUUUCUCAUGGAUCAAUGCUUGGUUCUGCCCCAUUGAAGAUGCUAAACAGCAUUGUUACAAAUCUCAAUGUGGGAAAGAAGCGCCUGCGCAAGAUUAUACUGGAGGACCCGAAACUGUUGAUGAGUUACACAUUAGGGUCGAAAGUCAGCCAGCUGCCAAAAGUUGACCCCUUUGAAGUGUCAUUCAGUCAGAAAAUAAAAUUCUUGAAAAGCAUAGGAUUUGUUGAAGGCUCUGAGGAUAUGAAGAAGGCACUCAAAACAUUCCGUGGUAAAGGUGAUGAACUACAAGGUCGGUACGAGUUCUUGGUGAAUAAUACUGGGUUGGACCCAAAAGAUGUAGUAAACAUGAUCAAGAUGGCUCCACAGAUUCUGAACCAGAGGAUUGAUGUGCUCGAGUCAAAGAUAUCCUUCCUUGUAAGUGGUACAGGGUAUACUCUGAGUGAUCUGGUUGCUUUCCCUGCUUACCUGUCAUUUACCAUAGAAAGAAGCAAAUUCAGGAUGUUCAUGUACAAUUGGCUGCUAGAAAGGGGGGUGGUUACACCUCGGCUGGCUCUAAGCACGAUCCUUGCUUGCUCGGACAAAUGUUUCAUGAGUUAUUUUGUGAAUAAGCAUCCCUUGGGCCCUGAAAUUUGGGAGAACUAUAAGAGGGAAGUAGCUACGGCCAAAAGCAUGCCUUGUAGUUGAGAUCAUUAGUACCCCUUUGAUCAUUUAACCGGUUUCAAUGUCUACAUUUGCUCACAUAACGCUAUUUUUCUUUCAUAAUUUGCGGCACAUCGAUGGGCAAGCGAGACCAGCUUGUCUUGAUGCCUCUCUUGCA